GGUUAUUGUUCGUUGAUUGAAAUUGCUAGAAAUAAGAAAUUUGUAAUGUGCUGUUAAGUGGGGAUUGACAAAAAAUACUUGGCGCUUUGUCAGACCUCACAUUAAUCAUAAUUUAUUCGUUAAACAUAUAUUUGUUUAUGUACAUCAUUUAAUAUAGUAUAUUUCUAUAAAUCCUGUAGGUUUUUUCAAUUACUUCAAGAAAAUAAGAAAACCUUACAACGCAUCAAAGCAAACUUAAGAAAGAAAAUGAUUUUAAAAGAUGGGUUCUGCUGUAACGACAUUUUUUCAAGUCAUUCCAAGAAUGAAGAAGACAUUCAAUGCAGAAUUUUCAAAACGUCAUUACUGUUGUUGAUUAUGAAGAGAGAAGACCUAGGGGUAUUUUUGAUCGGGACGAUAUUGUCGUCAAUCCAGAGGAACGGUUUGUGUCAACGGAAACCGACAGAUCGGGGACUAGGCAGCCCCACAACUCCGUAACAUACAGUCGCUCCCAUUCGGGCACUCCGAGAAGACGGAGCAGAAGCAGAUCGCGCAGCAGGACCACCGACAGAGACAGACGUAAAAUUGGAGAUAGAGAAAGAGAUAGGGAUAAAAAUAUCGACAGAGAUAAAAAAAGUGUGGAUCCUCGGAGAAGCUUGGAGAAAGAACGAGGGAGAGUUCCUGACAGAGAGAAAGAGAGGAGUUCGGAGAGGGACAGAGAUAAAAGACCGUACAAGGGUAGGCCUCAUUCUAAGGAUCGUGAGGAGGAAAGAUAUAGGAGGAGAUCUAGAACUCCUUUGAGACCUGGGGAGUACAGACCGUCACACUCUGAGUCCAGACGCAGGUCCGGUUCAAGGGAGAGGGACCAUACUCGAGAUAAAUACAGGACACAUUCCAGAAGAAGCAGGUCAGUUUCUGUCGACUACCAUAAGCCUUCUACCUCCAGAAAACCCAGCAGGUCACCGAGAAGGUCCGUUACACCUUCGAGGGACAGACAGAAAUCUCCGAGAUAUGAAACGUCAAAGAGUAGGAGAUCAAAAUCUCCGACAAAGCCAGGGAGAUCACAUUACGGCGAUAAGCGAGGAAGAGAACCGUCGCCAGGUUAUAAGGAUUCCGGUAAGAGGAGGAGCAGAAGUCCUUCUAGAUACGAGAGGGAGAGAAGGAGAUCUAGAUCUCCUCGAUACGUGGAGAGUGGCAGGAGCAGAAGCUCGCCUGGUAGAUACGAACGAUACCCACUGAGGAGGUAUAGUCGUUCACCAGGUCGGCACGAUGGCCACAGAUCCUCUCCAGAUAAACGACGUAGGUCUCCGCACCCGCCGUUAGUCACUUUUAGUAGAAGCAGUCAUAGGCGUACAAGUAGAUCUCCAGGAUACGAUAGAGACAGGGAGUAUCACAAAUAUAGAAGGAGCAGAAGUCGUUCGCCCAGAAAACGUAGGAGUAGGUCUCCCCAUGAAGAGAGGGAACCGGAAUUUGCAUUUUAUGAGGGAAUCCCAGGUAGCGAAUACUGGAUCCCCGGCCCAAUCCGUCCAGGCUUUCCGGGUAUCCCCCGUUAUUACCCCCCAGCAUUUUUCCCUAGGAUGCCAGGAGCGCCCAUUAUCAUCCCACCUAGGAUACCGAUGGUGGCUCCUUAUCCUCCACCGUACAGACAGAGACUGCCCAUUUAUAACAGCAAGCAAAAGCCGAAAGUUGCCAAUCCGGGGUCAUCAGGAGGUGACGGUACCGUUCCUACCACUGCCAGAGGUGAGACAUCAGCUGGAACUAGUACCAGUCAGACGGGGGAGGGGGGUGUUUCUAUACAGGAAGUAUCGGAUUCUGAAAGCCAUAAAAGUGACAGGAAACUUCCCGAUGAGGAGUCUAGGGACAGUCUACACGAGAAAGACUGAGUUUAGUUUGAUUUUUGAACAUGUUGGGGAUUUCUGUUAAUAAUGGGUUAAUUUUUUCGGUAUACGUAUAUCUAGAUUAUGUAUUUUUAUUUAA